AGGAGAAUGCCCAUGGCAUCAAAUGGGCCCCUACGGUCCGAGCGCUAGGCCCCGCUUGACGACGGGCACUGUGCUCCUGGCCAGGCUCACCGUGUCCUCUCCUCUCCCCAGCCCCAACCCCAGCACCUGACAUGAGUCUCUGCGGGCCCCUCAACCUGAGCCUGCUGGGCGAGGCGACCAUGUGUGCGGAGCCCGGGGCCCCCAACGCGUCGGCCGGGCCGCCGUCCGGCCGGGCGGGCGCCUCGCCGGCGCUGCCCAUCUUCUCCAUGACGCUGGGUGCCGUGUCCAACGUGCUGGCGCUGGCGCUGCUGGCGCAGGCCGCGGGCCGCCUGCGGCGCCGCCGCUCGGCCGCCAUCUUCCUGCUGUUCGUCGCCAGCCUUCUGGCCACCGACCUGGCGGGCCACGUCAUCCCCGGAGCGCUGGUGCUGCGCCUGUACGCGGCGGGCCGCUCGCCGGCCGGCGGCGCCUGCCACUUCCUGGGCGGCUGCAUGGUCUUCUUCGGCCUGUGCCCGCUGCUGCUGGGCUGCGGCAUGGCCGUGGAGCGCUGCGUGGGCGUCACGCGGCCGCUGCUGCACGCGGCGCGCGUCUCCGCGGCCCGCGCGCGCCUGGCGCUGGCCGCGCUGGCCGCCGUGGCGUUGGCCGUGGCGCUGCUGCCGCUGGCGCGCGUGGGCCGCUACGAGCUGCAGUACCCGGGCACGUGGUGCUUCAUCGGCCUGGGCCCGGCGGGCGGCUGGCGCCAGGCGCUGCUCCCCGGCCUCUUCGCCGGCCUCGGCCUGGCCGCUCUGCUCGCCGCGCUCGUGUGCAACACGCUCAGCGGCCUGGCCUUGCUGCGCGCCCGCUGGCGCCGCCGCUCUCGACGGCGUCCUCCGGCGAGUGGCGCCGACGGCCACCGCCGCUGGGGGGCGCGCGCCCCCCGUUCGGCUUCCGCCUCGUCCGCCUCGUCCGUCGCUUCGGUCGCCGGCGGCCGCCCGGGCCGUGGUUCGGCGCGCAGAGCCCGCGCUCACGAUGUGGAGAUGGUGGGCCAGCUCGUGGGCAUCAUGGUGGUGUCGUGCAUCUGCUGGAGCCCGCUGCUGGUGUUAGUGGUGCUGGCGGUCGGGGGCUGGGGCUCCAGCUCCCUGCAGCGACCGCUGUUUUUGGCUGUGCGCCUCGCUUCGUGGAACCAGAUCCUGGACCCCUGGGUGUACAUCCUGCUGCGCCAGGCCGUACUGCGCCAAGUGCUUCGCCUCCUGCCCCCGCGGGCCGGCGCCAAGGGCAGCCCUGCGGGGCUGGGCCUUACCCGGAGCGCCUGGGAGGCCAGCUCGCUGCGCAGCUCCAGGCACAGCAGCCUCAGCCACCUCUAGGCGCGCAAACAGCCCCAGCGGCUAAGUCAGACCAUCCCGGGCCGGGCCCAGGUGGGUCCGAAGCGCGGAGCCCUCGGGGAAUAAAGCCAU